UGAUGGAAGCAGGUGCUACAACUGUUAGUCUUGGACCUCAUCGUCUUCGGGUUGAAACUGCCACGAUAGCGCUUUUGGCAACUGUCAUGUUAUGGUCUGACAAGCAGCAAACUUCAGUUGAUUCCCCGCUGUAGUGAUAAGAAGAAAGGAAAAAAUACAGCAGAAAUAUAAUAUCUUUAUGAUGCUUCGGAGGAAGGGAAGUGCGGCAAGAACAUGGUUGGUGUUGGACGGAGAGGGGAAGAGAAAGGUGGUGGAGGCAAGUAAGCAAAUUAUCAUGCGGCGAACGGGUGUGUCUACUAGGGACCUACGAGUUUUGGACCCUUUGUUGUCAUACCCUUCAACCAUUGUGGGGCGUGACAGAGCCAUGCUCAUCAACUUGGAACACAUCAAAGCCAUCAUCACUGCUCAUGAAGUUCUCUUGCUCAAUUCCACUGACCACUCUGUUGUCCCUUUUGUUCAACACCUUCACCAAAGGAUUCUCACUCACCACCGUGCCACUCAACAACAACCUCAGGAGGAUCGAGAUGAAACAAAGCAAUUGGAUGACAUGAAGAUUCUCCCAUUUGAGUUUUUGACACUAGAGGCAUGCCUUGAGGCUGCUUGUACUGCCUUAGAAAAUGAGGCAGAGAUAUUGGAGCAGGAGACUUAUCCCGCCUUAGAUAAACUAACAUCAAAGAUCAGUACUCUCAAUUUGGAAGGCAUUCGUCUUGUUAAGAGUCGCUUAGUUGCCUUAGCUGCUCGUGUUCGAAGGAUAAGGGAUGAAUUAGAGCACUGGCUAGAUAACAAUGAAGAUAUGGCUGAACUGUAUUUGACAGAGAAGUUAGUUCAACAGCAGCUUGAAAACUCCACCACCUUGUCCAUGAAUGACAUGGAAUAUGAAGUUCUUCAUCCAGAUAUAAAUGACAGGAUUCCUCCUGAAAUAUCAUUGGAACGGGGUGGAGAUUCUGCUAGUGAUGAUGAAGAUGAUCAAAAUGCUGGCACCGACGAGAGUGCUGAAACCAAGAACACUUUUGAUGUGGAGGAGCUUGAGAUGCUCUUGGGAGCAUACUUUGUGCAAAUCGGUGGCACAUUGAACAAACUAUCUAGGCUGAGAGAGUACGUGGAUGACACAGAAGACUACAUAAACAUUGCGUUGGAUGAGAAACAAAAUCGGCUGCUGCAAAUAGGAGUGAAGUUUAGCACAUCAAAGGUGCUUUUGAGUGCCUUUAUUUGUGUGACUGCUAUAUUUAGCAUCAAUAUUCAUAUUGACCUAUUUGAUACUGGGAUGCCACAAUUCCUCGCCACUUGUUUUGGAGGCACUGCUGCUUGCAUUUUCAUCUAUUUCGUUGCCAUUACUUGGUUCAAGCACCAAGGCUUGGUGGACUAGUUCCCCCAAUGCAUAUGUAAUUUCAAUUCAAAGUUUAUUUUCUAUGUACGUGCCAGCUAGAAUUUCUUUUACAAGACAACUACAGUAACCAUUUGUUUCUGGUAUAUACAUAUAUG